GAUCAAACUCUGUAAAGGACUACACUUCAUCACUGGAGAGGGUGUCAAUGGCGGUGAAUGUAUCUGAUUUCGAAUUAAUUGAAUCGGCAGAAGAUCAUAUCUAUGAAAUAUAUUCCAUUAGAGCUGCUCCAUCAGGUCAAGAUCUAGGAUAUGUUAAUAAAUCGAAACAUGAAAUCCAAAUCUCAUUGGAUAUCUCAGAGAUAGAUCUUACUAUCAAACAAUCAUUAUCAAGUUUAUCAUCAGCUCAAUCUUCAACAGGAUUUGUAUGUUGGCAAUCAGCUACAUAUUUCCUUGAUUGGUUAAUUGGAUUCGAAUCAGGUCCAUUUUAUUCCAUGUUCAAUAAUAAGAAUCUGAAUUUAACCGUAGUAGAGUUAGGGACUGGUGUAAGUGGGAUUUGUGCAUCGAUAUUGGGUCCUAGAGUAGCGAGGUAUAUUGCUACUGAUCAGAAACAUAUAUUAAAGUUACUUCAAGAGAAUAUCAAUGAUAAUGUGGUUAUGGUUGAUUCCAAGAAACUGACUAAGAAACUGACUAAAAUUCCUCCUCCCCAUAAAAUCGAAGUUAUAGAAUUUGAUUGGGAAGAUAUUGAUCAAGGGUUAUAUAAUUGUCAAUCAUUAGGCCAAUCAUCAUCAUUGCCUGAUAUUAUAAUAGCAUGUGAUACCAUAUACAAUCACUAUUUAAUCCCACAUUUCAUCAAUGCUUUGAAAUCAUUAAUGUCAUCAACAACCAUAGCUUUAGUGGCAUUACAAAUGAGAGAUCCUGUCACUCUUGAAGAUUUCAUAUCGCAAUUACUUAGAUCUGACUUGAAAGUAUAUGUCAUACCUGAUCAUAUGUUGACAGAACGACUCCAGAAGGGAUUCCUUAUAUACUAUAUAACCUUAUAAUAGACAUAUAGAACAUAUUAUUGUAACAGUGUAUGA